GGGGCUCCCGCACAUUAGUUUCCCUCCUUUCAUUAUUCUAUCCGUGCCCCACGCCCUCCGGAAGGCGGCGGGAAGCGAGCAGCAUGGACAUCGAGAGCCGCAGCGGCGACGCCGCAAGCGACACGCGGUGCCCGGCGCCGUCGUCGUCCUCAUCGCAGGCCGACCUGGUCUUCGAGACCGUGAGGAGGUGGUGGCGGCGGUGUCGAAGCCACCCGAAUAGCUUUGUGCCAGCCGUCUUCGUCCUGGCGGCGACAGUGCUUGCAGUUGUCUCCUUCUCCGCCGCCGCCUCGCCCUGGUUCCUCCUGCAAGCAGAAGCAGACACACCUCCGUCUGACUUCACCACCGACCAGCUCCUCGACGGCCUGCUCACCGCCCAAUUCGGCGAGCGGUCGUGCCGGAGCCGGUACGAGUUCGCCAGCUACCACGAGAAGAAGAAGAACGCAUCACAUAAACCAUCCCCCUACUUGCUCGCCAAGCUCCGGAGGCACGAAGCCCUACAGAAGCGGUGCGGCCCAAGCACGGCCCCGUAUAGGGCGGCGGUCCGGCAGCUCAAGUCCGGUAAGGGCGCCGCCGCCACGGACUGCCGCUACCUGGUUUCCAUCAGCUACCGCGGCCUCGGCAACCGAAUGCUCGCCACCACUUCGGCCCUCCUCUACGCCAUGCUCACGGACCGCGUCCUCCUCGUCCACCAGUCCAAGCAUGACGUCGCCGCCCUCUUCUGCGAGCCCUUCCCUGGGACGACGUGGCUGCUACCCUCUGGCUGGAGGAGCUUCCCUCUCGGCAACCUCAGGGACUACGGCAGCGGCUCCAGGGAGAGCCUCGGCAACAUGCUGAAAACCAACGUCAUCUCCGUGGGCGCCGGCGGGAACGCGUCGUGGUCGGACGGCGGUGACCGCCGGCCACCGUUCGUCUACCUGCACCUCGAGGGCGGCUACGACUUCCACGACAAGCUCUUCUACUGCGACGAGCACCAACGGCUCCUCCACGGCGCGCCGUGGCUGCUGAUGAAGACGGACAGCUACCUCGUCCCGGGGCUCUUCCUGGUCCCGUCAUUCCAGGACGAGCUCGGCAGGAUGUUCCCGGAGAAGGACCUGACGUUCUACCACCUCGGACGGUACCUGUUCCACCCGGUUAACGACGUGUGGCGCGCAGUCACCAGUUACUACCGCACCAACCUCGCCGGCGCCGGCGAGCGCGUCGGCAUACAAAUCCGGGUGUUCCGGAAGAAGCAGACGCCGCUACAGCACGUACUGGACCAGGUCCUCUCGUGCGUCCGCCGGGAGAAGCUUCUCCCGGAGAGCACGUCGUCGUUUUCCAAGACCAACGCAUCCGACCAGGCUGUCCUGGUCACUUCUCUGAGCUCGUGGUACUACGAGAGGAUCAGGGACGAGUACGGCGGAGGCAGGGUCGCCGGCGGCGUGCACCAGCCGAGCCACGAGGGGCAGCAGAAGUGGGGGGACACGUCCCACGACAAGAGGGCGCUGAGCGAGAUGUACCUGCUCAGCACCUGCGACGUGCUCGUCACCACCGGCUUCUCGACGUUUGGGUACGUCGCGCAGGGGCUCGGCGGGGUACGGCCGUGGAUCAUGCCCACCGCACCCAUCUGGUCCGAGACAAAGGAGGACGUGCCGGUGCCGGAACCGCCGUGUGUGCGAGCGAUGUCCGUCGAGCCAUGCUUCCACUCGCCGUCCUACUACGACUGCACGGCGAGGAAGGACGUGGAUGUGGGGAAGGUGCUGCCGUACGUGCGGCACUGUGAGGACGUGAGCUGGGGGAUCAAGAUUGCCAACGAAAGCAACCACUGGUAACUUGUAGGAAUUAUAUUGGUCUGAUAUAUAAAGGAAACACAGGUUCUAGCUAGGUAAAGUAGUGCAGAUGAAACAAAUAUAGUAAGACACGCAAAAGAAAAGAGCAUGCACAAUUUCACUAUAGAUGGAGUACAUAACUUACAGUUCACGAACUUUCAUAACAAAAUCUUAAUUACAUUGUAGUAAGAGCAAGUAUAAUAAGAUGACAUAAGCAGGUUAUAAAGAUUAAAAUAUUACAUCCUUGGUUAGUUGGAGGAGAGAGAGGAGGAGAGAGAUGAGAACGAGCUCUCGGUGAGUAGCCAGCCGCAACACCAGACACAAAACACUUUGUGAUAUUGUAAGGUAGGUCAAAUAGUACUAAAUUAGUACACAUCUAAAAUUUACUAUUGUAUAUGCAGGCUAUUAGGUUGGUUUUAUAUGACAUGACAACUCCUUAUAACCGGUUGUUGGCUGUAUUAUUAACCAUGCUUUAAUAUCCGUCUUAACACA